AUGGGUCGCUCGGGGAAGUUGCCCUCCGGGGUCUCGGCCAAGUUGAAACGCUGGAAGAAAGGCCACAGCAGCGACAGCAACCCGGUCAUCUGCCGCCACCGCCAGGCCGCCCGCAGCCGCUUCUUCAGCCGGCCUUCAGGAAAGAGCGACUUGACAGUUGAUGCGGUGAAGUUGCAUAAUGAGCUGCAGUCAGGGUCCCUGCGCCUGGGCAAAAGCGAAGCCCCAGAGACGGCCAUGGAAGAAGAGGAGGUGACGCCAGCUUUCACCGAGAAGUCUUCUGGCACCUUCCUGAGCGGCCUGUCUGACUGCACAAACGUCACCUUCAGCAAAGUGCAGCGCUUCUGGGAGUCCAACUCGGCUGCCCACAAGGAGAUCUGUGCUGUCUUGGCUGCUGUCACAGAGGUGAUUCGCUCCCAGGGUGGGAAGGAAACCGAGACUGAGUACUUUGCCGCACUGAUGACAACCAUGGAAGCAGUGGAGUCCACGGAGUCUCUGGCUGCUGUUGCUUACCUGCUGAACCUUGUCCUCAAGCGCGUGCCCAGUCCUGUGCUCAUUAAGAAGUUCUCCGAUACCUCCAAAGCCUUCAUGGAUAUCAUGUCAGCCCAGGCCAUCAGUGGCUCCACCUCUGCCCUCCGAUGGGUCCUCUCCUGUCUGGCCACCCUUCUGCGGAAGCAGGACCUGGAGGCCUGGAGUUUCCCUGUGACCCUGCAGGUGCACCACGGGCUGCUGAGCUUCACUGUGCACACCAAGCCUAAGAUCCGAAAGGCUGCCCAGCAUGGGGUGUGCUCCAUCCUCAAGGGCAGCGAGUUCAUGUUUGGUGAAAAGGCCCCUGCCCAUCACCCUGCUGCCAUUUCUACCGCCAAGUUCUGCGUCCAGGAGAUCGAGAAGUCUGGAGGCUCCAAGGAGGCCACCACCAUGCUGCACAUGCUGACCCUGCUGAAGGACCUACUGCCCUGCUUCCCAGAAGGCCUGGUGAAGAGCUGCGGCGAGACUCUCCUGCGGGUCAUGACCUUGAACCAUGUGCUGGUGACAGCCUGUGCCAUGCAGGCCUUUCACAGCCUUUUCCAUGCCAAGCCCAGUGCGAGUACCCUGCCGGCAGAGCUCAACGCCCAGAUCAUCACAGCCUUGUACGACUACGUUCCCAGUGAGAAUGAUUUACAGCCCCUGCUGGCCUGGCUGAAGGUCAUGGAGAAAGCCCAUAUCAACCUGGUCAGGCUGCACCGGGAUCUGGGGCUGGGCCACCUCCCUCGCUUUUUUGGAACUGCAACGACCUGCCUCCUCUCCCCCCACUUGCCGGUGGUAACAGCUGCUGCCCAGUGCCUCCAGGAGAUCCUGAAAGAGUGUGUCGCUCCCCACAUGGCCGACAUUGGCUCCGUGACCUCCUCGGCCUCAGGCCCUUCCCAGUACAUCGCCAAGAUGUUCAGGGCGGUGGAGGAGGGCCUGACGUACAGAUUCCAUGCAGCAUGGAGCUCUGUGCUGCAGCUGCUGUGUGUCUUCUUCGAAGCCUGUGGGAGGCAGGCCCAUCCUGUGAUGAAAAAGUGCCUGCAGUCGCUGUGUGACCUGCGCCUCUCCCCCCACUUCCCCCACACGGCAGCUCUGGACCGCGCGGUGGGGGCUGCGGUGGCCAGCAUGGGCCCUGAGGUGGUUUUAGAGGCUGUGCCUUUGGAAAUCGACGGCUCGGAAGAGACUCUGGAUUUCCCCCGGAGCUGGCUGCUGCCCGUCAUCCGAGACCACGUCCGGGAAACACGACUUGGUUUCUUUACCGCUUACUUCCUGCCUCUGGCCACCACCCUGAAGAGGAAAGCAAUGGACCUGGCCCAGGCAGGCAGCACAGUGGAGUCCAAGAUCUAUGACACGCUACAGUGGCAGAUCUGGACCCUCCUGCCUGGGUUCUGCACGAGGCCCACGGACGUGGCUGCUGCCUUCAAAGGGCUGGCACGGACUCUGGGCACAGCCAUCAGUGAGCGCCCAGACCUGAGGGUCACCGUGUGCCAGGCCCUGCGCACCCUUAUCACCAAGGGCUGUGAGGCAGAGGCUGAUCGUGCUGAAGUGAGCCGCUUUGCCAAGAACUUUCUGCCCAUCCUGUUCAACCUGUAUGGGCAGCCUGUUGCAGCCGGAGAUACCCCUGCUCCUCGGCGGGCCGUGCUGGAAACCAUCAAAACUUACCUCACCAUUACUGAGCCUCAGCUGGUGAACGGUUUCCUGGAAAAAGCCAGUGAGAAGGUACUGGACCCUUCUAGCUCUGACUUCACCAGGUUGUCUGUCCUGGACCUGGUUGUGGCCUUGGCUCCCCAUGCUGAUGAAGCCGCCAUCAGCAAGCUCUACUCCACCAUCCGGCCCUACCUAGAGAGCAAGGCCCACGGGGUACAGAAGAAGGCCUACCGUGUGCUGGAGGAGGUGUGCGCCAGCCCCCAGGGCCCCGGGGCCCGCUUUGUGCAGAGCCACCUGGACGACCUGAAGAAGACCCUGCUGGGCUCGCUGCGGAGCACCUCCUCGCCCGCCAAGAGGCCCCGUUUGAAGUGCCUCACACACAUUGUGAAGAAGCUCUCAGCCGAGCACGAGGAGUUCAUCAGCGCCCUUGUCCCGGAGGUGAUCCUCUGUACCAAGGAGGUCUCGGUGGGGGCCCGGAAGAAUGCUUUCGCGCUGCUGGUGGAGAUGGGCCACGCUUUCCUUCGGUUUGGCCCAAACCAGGAAGAGGCCCUGCAGCGCUACCUUGUCCUCAUUUACCCCGGCCUCGUGGGCGCAGUGACCAUGGUCAGCUGCAGCAUCCUGGCCCUGACCCACCUCCUCUUCGAGUUUAAAGGUCUAAUGGGGACCAGCACAGUGGAGCAGCUGCUGGAGAACGUGUGUCUGCUUCUGGCCUCGCGUACCCGCGACGUGGUGAAGUCAGCGCUGGGCUUCAUCAAGGUGGCAGUGGUCGUCAUGGACGUGGUGCACCUGGCCAAGCACGUGCAGCUGGUGAUGGGCGCCAUCGGAAAGCUCUCGGACGACAUGCGGCGGCACUUCCGCAUGAAGCUUCGGAACCUGUUCACCAAGUUCAUCCGCAAGUUCGGGUUCGAGCUGGUGAAGAAACUCCUGCCGGAGGAGUACCACAAAGUCCUGGUAAAUAUCCGGAAAGCAGAGUCCCGGGCCAAGAAACACCGGGCCCUCAACCAGGCCGCCGUGGAAGAGGAAGAAGAGGAGGAGGAGGAACCUGUCCAGGGCAAAGGCGACAGCAUCGAGGAGAUUUUGGCCGACUCUGAGGAUGAGGAAGAUGAGGAGGAGGAGCGGAGUCGGGGCAAGGAGCAGCGGAGACUGGCCCGCCAGAGGAGCCGGGCGUGGCUGAAGGAGGGGGGCGGGGACGAGCCCCUCAACUUCCUGGACCCCAGGGUGGCCCAGCGAGUCCUGGCCACGCAGCCUGGACCGGGCCGGGGCAAGAAGAAGGACCACGGCUUCAAGGUGAGCGCCGACGGCCGGCUGAUCAUCCGAGAGGAGGAGGAUGCCAAUGCCAAGAUGGAGGAAGAGGAAGGCGCCAAAGGGGAGGAUGAGGAGCUGGUUGACCUGAUGGAAGACGUAGGCGUCAAGAGUAAAAAGCACCAGAAGCUUAAGCAGAAAGAGGCUGACGACGAAGAGCUGGAGAUGCCCCCUCAGUACCAAGCGGGAGGCUCUGGCAUCCAUCGCCCAGUGGCCAAGAAGACUAUCCCUGGGGCUGAGUACAAGGCAAAGAAAGCAAAGGGUGACGUGAAGAAGAAGGGUCGGCUCGACCCCUACGCCUACAUCCCCCUCAACAGAACCAAGCUCAACCGCAGGAAGAAGAUGAAGCUACAGGGGCAGUUCAAGGGCCUGGUGAGAGCUGCUCAGCGGGGCUCCCAGGUGGGACACAAGCUCCGCAGGAAGGAUCGUCGGCCCUGA